ACCCCACCCCCACUCCUGGCCCUACUCCAGCCCCUACGACUCCGUCCACAGUCCCACCACUGGAGUGUCUGAAUGGAGGGACCUUUAAUGGACAUAACUGCACAUGUCCUUUUGGGUUUGGUGGACGAGUCUGUGAGAACGUUGAAAAUAUUUCUCCAGAUACUAUUGAUCGAUCAGUCGAGGUUGAAAUGGUAAUAAACGAGGUGUAUGAUCCAGAGUAUGAUAAUCCCAACUCGCCAAAAUACAAAGACUUUGUGGAGACUUUCACUUCCAAGAUGAAAGAAUAUUAUAAAAGUAAAGUUAAAAACUUCAAAAAAGUGGUGGUUAUUCGUGUGAGCCGCGGCGGCGCUUUAUUGAAACUCUUGCACAACGCCUUGGCAGAGUUAAAGUUGGCAUCUGACUUGGCCGUUUACAAGACAGGAACUGCAGAAGAAGCAGUGAAAGUCGAGCAUGAUGUUGUUUUGCUGCUUCCAAACAACGACACGUCUUCUGCUACUUAUGAAGAAAACCUUGGAAGUGUUCAAAGUGCAACCACAGAACUUCUCACCUGCACAGAUUGCGUAUAUCAAGUUGUGAAAGAGCCAAGUGUCACUUCUGUUGACGUAAAUCUCAGUGGUUUCUGUGAACGCAUUUUCCCGGAUAAAGACCUUGCUGAGUUCUUUGAAGCUAAAAAUAUUUCUGGAAAAAUACAAUGCAUUACUGUAUGUAGUGCUGAACAUGAAAACCAAAAAACCUGCUCCAACAACGGACGGUGCACCAUAUACAAGGGCAAAGGCCCAUUCUGCGAGUGUAACGAUGUUAUUACAACUUGGUAUUUGGGCCAAGACUGUGCUCUGCCCAUACAGAAGACUCCUUUUUAUGUAGGGCUUAGUGUCACCCUUUUGUGUCUUCUUAUAUUAAUAGUUGCCAUGACUGUCUAUGUCAUGACCAAUAAACAAAAGCAAGCACGAGCGAGAGACAAUAAGAAGAAACUGGUGAAUGAGUGGAUAAAUGAUGACUUUGAGUGGACAAAACCAAAUGGGGCGACUUCAUCAGAUUACAGAAACCCCUCGUUCACUCCUGAAGUAGGUCAUCAUAACCCAAUGUACCAUCCAGGGACCCCCCCUCAGUGGAACGGACUCUCCAGAGGAGACAUGUGGCUCUCAGACAGACCUGCAGCCAAUGGUGCAAUCGGCCGCAGAAAUAGGGCAAACUUGCCUUUGGUUCACUUGUAACUUAUUCUAUUCUAUUAUUAUUAUUAUUAUUAUUAUUAUUAUUAUUAUUAUUAUUAUUAUUAUUACUGUUAUUAUUAGACUAAAAUAAACAUAAAGUACUUUCUCUGUUGAUUUUUAGAUGAGGUAGAUCAUGAUUUCAUAUGCUGUAAAUAAAGAUUACAGUCUGAAGAAGCAUGAACAUAACACACCCUGAUAACGCUUCAGACAUGUUUUUUUCAUAUUUAUAUUUAUGGUGACUCACUUUUGUGUUUCAUGGUCAAUAAUAAGAUCCUUCAGCUGUUAUAAUACACUAUAUUUACACACUAUAUUCAUUACACACGCUACAGCCACGCAUCCUUCUAAAAUAAAGACACCACAGUCACGGUUCAAAAAUGGGUUACUAUUAUAAUGUAAUUGGUACAUUUGAUGCACUUUAUGUAAAUAAAUGACAUCUGUUUGUUCAAACAUCAGGAAUCAUUGUCAUUUCAAGCUUUUGUGUAAAUGAAAUAUGUGACCGACGCUCCUGCUGCUCACACGACAAAGCAAAACACUACAACUUUAUUAUUUAUUAUGUGGCAACAUUUACAGUUAAAGUCAAUGUAAAAAAUGUAUUCUACUUGAAUAGUUCAAAAGCAAUGACAGUGACAUGUGAAAAGUAACAGCAGGGUGCAGUGUUAUCAGUGACUCCAUAUGAACUUUGACCUUUAACGUCCUGUGGUGUGUUAUUGUGAAACAGAUGCUCUGUAAAAAGCCUUUACUGGAACUAUUUAUUUAUUCAGGAAAAUGUCAUUUUAAAAGA